CGUCAAGUUUCGAAAGUCAAAAUGGCGGACGUCUCAUGAGAUGAUGAGUGACCAUUAUGUGUUAGUUAUUUCAAAACUUUGGAAUGUUACUAAACAGUUUCACUGAAUAAUUUCGCAAGAGAGAAGAAUAUUUCAAAAUGGAUUCGUUCGAACGAGAAUGGAUAACAAACUUUUUGCACUCAUUUCCUCAUGUUACUUUCUCUUUUAAACUAAAUAACUCAACAUUCAACCCAGAUGAUGCUAAUUACAGAGAGUCCAUCAUAUUCCUAGCAGUAUUACCAGUAGUGCUGUUUGUACUGUUUUUGAUAAUCAGUCUGUGUUGUACUUGUUUUCAAUGCAAGAAGGAAAGACCACAGAAAAGAGUGAAGUCAUGUUGUCCAGCUGGUAUCAUUGGAAUCAUUAUAUUUGUAGCCAUAGCUGCAGCUGCUAUUGGUUUGUAUGCAAACGAAAAGACUGACAAUGGAGUCAACGACUUUAAUGAUGCAGUUAAAGAUGUAAAUAAAACAUUGACAGAAGCUCUCAAAACUAUAAAUAAAAUGCAUGGUAUUGCUGCAAAUCUAGCAGACAGAAGUAUUCCAGAUUUGGAAAAAGUUUUACUGGGUAUGAUAUCCAACCUAACAGUAAAGACACAGAUAGGAGAGUUUACUAAAGACAUGUCAGACCAGUCUACUAAAGCCAAAACAGAUAUCAAAAAUUUAUUGGAUAGCACUCCUGAUGUUAACCUGGAUUUUAUAUCUGACAAUACAACAAAUGGAGAAUUUAUAAGAUGGACAUCAACAGUAGUUGUAUUGUCUGUAAUACUAUUUGUAUUAGUUGUAUCAUUGUGUGGUUGUUGUAAAAGAUCUAGAUGUCUCCUGGCAACCUCUAUUUCCUUUGGUUUCCUUAUCCUGUUCCUCUCCUGGAUAAUGAAUGGAGUGUACCUAGGAGGGAGUGUGACAAAUGCAGAUUUAUGUGUGGAUCCAGAAAGUUUUAUAGAAAAUGUGGUCAAUGAGAGAAUAGAGAAAGACAUAAUCAAAACGUACAUAAAAUGUAAGGACGAUGGAGCAGCAGGCCAAUACUCUCAGGACAUUUCAGAAGCUUUAAGUGCUGUGACUUUAGCGAACGACACAUUAUCAAAGAUUUAUAAUGUCAGCAUUAGUUUAAGUAUAAUUAAUAAAGUAAAAGGGCCUAUUAUAGCUGUUAGAACACAAUUGAACUAUGGUUUUGGAAAUCUGACAGCUCUGAGUAAUGUGUUCCAGUGUCAGAGAACACAUGAUAAUUACCUAGCCAUAAAGGAAGCAGUAUGUCAUACAGUUAUAUUCAACAUGUCCCUGAUAUUGGCAGCUUUCCUUUUGUUAUCUUUGUUAUUAUCAUUAACACAGUGUAUUCUUCCUAAAAUGUGGCAUCUCAGUGGCAAAAGAAGAGGAAGUGGCUACAGACCAGUGGAUGAUACAGAUCCAUUUGUACCAAGACCACCUCCAUAUCAGGACUACGGAGCAUUGUAUGGUAUAGGAUCUCCACUUGGACCUUCAAACAGUGAUGCCAUCAAUAUGACAGGAGGACCACCUCUAGACUCACCUCCACCUGCUUACUCUGUACGUGGGUUUGGUGAGAGCAGACAUACCAGAAGUCACAGUACAACUUCAAGUGAAACAUGAUGUACAGAGUUGAUAACUGAGAAACAUGAGAUUAUAAACACUAAAUAAUUACUGAUCCGCCCACCUUAGUGGUUUUGUAUUAUAACAUUUAGACUGUGUGUACAGUAAUAAAUAUGUUCUGAAAGAAAAAGGUUUUUAAUGAUCUCACAAUGAGAGAUAUAUGAAGGGCUUUCAUAAUGACUUGUUAUGCAUUUGUAGAUACAAUUGUUUGCACUUUUUACAUCUUGCAUCAUAUAAUUAUUUUUUUUUAGUUUUUUCAUUGAACUGUUUUUUUAAAGUAUUUGUUCAUUUAUCUCCAUGAUAA